UUGACAACGACAACUUCACUCUGAAGUUUGUUUUAGGUUUAUUUAUUUAUAAUUUUUACUUGAAAUAUAUUAUAUUAUUAUUAUGCCUAAAGUUCGAAGAAGCAAAAAAGCACCACCAGAAGGAUGGGAGCUAAUAGAACCAACCUUAGAUGAGCUAGAACAGAAAAUGAGAGAAGCUGAAACUGAAUCGCACGAGGGUAAACGAAAAAACGAGUCGUUAUGGCCUAUUUUCAAAAUCCACCAUCAGAAAUCCAGAUACAUUUACGACCUGUUUUAUAGAAGAAAGGCAAUUUCCAGAGAACUGUACGAGUAUUGUUUAAAUGAAAAUAUAGCGGACAAGAACCUUAUAGCGAAAUGGAAAAAACAAGGAUACGAAAACUUAUGUUGUUUAAGGUGUAUUCAAACGAGGGAUACCAAUUUUGGGACUAAUUGCAUUUGUCGAGUACCUAAGGGCAAAUUAGAAGAGGGCAGAAUAGUUGAAUGUGUCCAUUGUGGAUGUCGAGGAUGUUCAGGUUGAGGCCUGAGUUUUUUAUAUACAAUACAUAUAUUUUAAGAUAAAUAAUGAAUAAAUUAUUAUAUUUCAUAAUUAUUAAUAGAUUUAGUUAAUAAAAUAAGACAUUCUGUGACUAGCAAUAUUUUAUUGUAUUAGGCCUACAAAAGUAAU